GAGCAAACGGGCGUCGCUGAGACCGGAUGAGAAGAAUCCAAAGGGGAAGUUUGUGGGUUAUUGCCUGGGGCUGUGAACGGAAGCGGAGGAGUGUGGGGGGAUUUAUCCCCCCCAGGUCGUUGCUAUGGGCAACCGAGGAAUGGAAGAGUUGAUUCCGCUGGUGAACAAGCUACAAGAUGCUUUCAGCUCUAUUGGACAAAGCUGCCACCUCGACCUGCCACAAAUCGCUGUGGUGGGUGGUCAGAGCGCGGGGAAGAGCUCGGUCCUCGAGAACUUCGUUGGACGAGAUUUCUUGCCCCGUGGAUCUGGAAUUGUUACCCGACGACCUCUCAUUCUUCAGCUUAUCUUUUCUAAAACAGAAUAUGCAGAAUUUUUGCACUGCAAAUCUAAGAAGUUUACAGAUUUUGAUGAAGUCCGACAGGAGAUUGAAGCUGAGACUGAUAGGGCGACAGGAACAAACAAAGGCAUUUCUCCUGUUCCUAUUAACCUGAGGGUAUAUUCACCACAUGUGUUGAAUCUGACUCUGAUUGAUCUUCCGGGUAUCACUAAAGUGCCAGUGGGUGACCAACCUCAGGACAUAGAAUACCAGAUCAAAGAUAUGAUUUUGCAGUUCAUUAGCAGAGAGAGCAGCUUGAUUCUUGCUGUGACUCCAGCCAAUAUGGAUUUGGCCAACUCUGAUGCGCUCAAGCAGGCUAAAGAAGUUGACCCACAAGGCCUAAGAACAAUUGGAGUAAUAACCAAGCUAGACCUGAUGGAUGAAGGCACUGAUGCCAGAGAUAUCUUGGAGAAUAAAUUAUUACCUCUGCGGAGAGGCUACAUUGGAGUUGUGAACCGGAGCCAGAAGGAUAUUGAUGGUAAAAAGGAUAUCAGAGCAGCAUUGGCUGCUGAGCGCAAGUUCUUCCUUUCCCAUCCUGCUUACAGACAUAUGGCUGAUCGCAUGGGAACUCCCCAUUUGCAGAAGGUCUUGAACCAGCAAUUGACAAAUCAUAUCCGGGACACCCUGCCAUCCUUGCGUAGCAAACUGCAGAGUCAGCUGCUGUCACUUGAAAAGGAGGUGGAGGAAUAUAAGAAUUUUCGUCCUGAUGAUCCUACAAGGAAAACCAAAGCCUUAUUACAAAUGGUCCAACAGUUUGCAGUUGAUUUUGAAAAGAGAAUUGAGGGGUCAGGAGACCAAGUGGAUACAUUAGAACUCUCAGGUGGAGCCCGAAUAAAUCGCAUUUUUCAUGAGAGAUUCCCCUUUGAAUUAGUUAAGAUGGAGUUUGAUGAGAAAGAUUUGCGACGUGAAAUCAGUUAUGCAAUCAAAAAUAUCCAUGGUAUAAGGACGGGGCUCUUCACACCUGAUAUGGCUUUUGAAACAAUAGUGAAAAAACAGAUUAUAAAGCUCAAAGAGCCCAGUCUGAAGUGUGUUGAUCUGGUGGUCUCAGAGCUGGCCAUGGUCAUUAAAAAGUGUUCAGAGAAGCUUGGUUCCUAUCCCAGGCUGCGAGAAGAGACAGAGAGAAUUGUUACUACAUACAUCAGAGAACGUGAAGGAAAAACUAAAGACCAGAUUCUCCUAUUGAUUGACAUAGAGCUGUCCUAUAUCAACACAAACCAUGAAGACUUCAUUGGAUUUGCCAACUGUUACACUGAACAGCACAUGAUGGCUGGUGCACAACAAAGGAGCACCCAAGCAAAUAAGAAAAGAGCAAUCCCAAACCAGGGUGAGAUACUGGUUAUCCGGCGAGGCUGGCUGACCAUCAACAAUAUUAGCAUCAUGAAAGGGGGCUCCAAAGAAUAUUGGUUCAUCUUAACUGCAGAGAGUUUGUCUUGGUACAAGGACGAAGAGGUUGAGGGAACUUUGGAGAUGGGCUCAGUGGAGAAAGAGAAGAAAUAUAUGUUGCCUCUAGACAACCUAAAAAUAAGAGAUGUGGAGAAGGGCUUCAUGUCCAAUAAGCAUGUCUUUGCCAUUUUUAACACAGAACAAAGAAAUGUAUACAAAGAUCUGCGUCAGAUUGAACUUGCCUGCGAUUCUCAGGAAGAUGUGGAUAGCUGGAAGGCCUCCUUCCUUCGUGCUGGUGUUUAUCCUGAGAAAGAUCAAGUAGAAAAUGAAGAUGGAGCUCAGGAAAAUACCUUUUCCAUGGAUCCUCAACUGGAACGCCAAGUAGAAACUAUCCGCAAUCUUGUUGAUUCAUAUGUUGGGAUCAUCAACAAAUCUAUCCGAGAUCUUAUGCCAAAGACAAUAAUGCACCUAAUGAUAAAUAAUACCAAGGAUUUCAUCCACUCGGAACUGCUGGCAUACUUAUACUCCUCUGCAGACCAAAACAGCUUGAUGGAGGAGUCAGCAGACCAGGCACAGCGCAGGGAUGACAUGUUGCGAAUGUACCAUGCCCUGAAGGAAGCUUUGAAUAUAAUUGGAGACAUCACUACCAGUACAGUUUCCACCCCAGUUCCUCCUCCUGUGGAUGAUACGUGGCUGCAGGCAGGAAGCGGUGGGCAUAGCCCAACAUCUCAGCGCAGGCCUCCUUCUACUGCAUUGCCCCCAGGAAGACCUCCAGCUGUGAGGGGCCCCAUGCCUGGCCCUCCCUUGAUUCCAGUGCCAGCAGCAGGUUCAUCCUCUUAUGUGGCACCACCCAUUCCUUCACGCCCUGUACCACAAAGUGCAUUUAUUACUAAUAAUGACCCUUUCUCAGCACCACCUCAAAUUCCUUCACGGCCGGCACGUAUUCCACCUGGUAUACCUCCAGGUGUACCCAGCAGAAGACCCCCUGCAGCACCGAACCGGCCCACCAUUAUCAGACCAACUGAGCCCUCCUUGUUAGAUUAACCAUGAUCACUAUCCAGGGGGGAAGGCAAUAUUGCUUGUUAACUAUGUUAUGGAGAGAACUCAUGCUUAAUCUUUAAUGUAAAGAAGCUCUUUCUAACUGGUCAGUUAUAACCAAGGCCCAUUUUUCCUAUUUCUCCUCCUCCAUUUUCCUUCCCACAGUAACACAACCAUAGCCACAGACAUCAAAGAAUAGAUGCUGUCGGUUGAUUACCUAUAAAAGCUCUGAGAAGCCAAGCAUUCCUGUUCUAUUUCUCUCUGUGUCCUUGGAUCUUGGCUAGGAAAGGAUUUGAUGACCAGGGUCUUCCAUUCUGGGAAGAGGGGGAUUGAUUUCUUCCUGGUUUUUCAUGGUGGCCAUACCAGGCCCAUUCCACAUGGGAACAUGGAAGAUUAUGUUUUGUGGAAUUGUUUUGCACUUUGUUGGAAAUAGAGAAACAACCCCCUACUUGAGUGAUUGUGAUGAGAGUGCCUACAAAUGUGUAAAACUAGAGAGAUUGUAUUUCCACUAACUCUUGUUAGAAUUUCCUGCUAUUAAUGUUGAUUGGAUCUAUUUUCCCUGCCACCCUUUAAUUCCUUUGUUAUAAUAUAUACGAAAUCUUCCUCUUAGACUUUUACCUUCUCACCAUGGCAUUUUAGUACAACAUAGAUCAAUUUAUUUCUAUAUAGCUCUGAAAAAUAAUGAAACUGCAAAUAAAAAACGGCUGAUAAAUCCAAUUUAUGAAACUGGAGCAAGAUUUUAUCAAACAUAAUAAUUGGAAAGUAGAAUGCACCAAGUUGUUUUUGAGUCUCAGGUAUAGUGCUGACUUUAUGCCAUGCUAUCCUUUGCACAACCAGUGAUUAUACUUCAAUGGAAGCAGCAAACUUAGAUUGCCAGGUACAACCUGGGAUGAACUUGAUGUAAUAUUAGAAAAGACCAAUGGCCAAUUGCAGGGGAUGAUUUAAUCAUUUUCAUAUAAAAUUGGCCAGGAUAAAUUAGUCAACCUCCAAUAGAGAAGUGGUAGGAAGAAGCAAUACUUAAAAAACUGUGAUCUUUUGCAGAGAUUACUACUAUAGAGACUUUCUUAUUAUGCAGAUUUCUUUGUCCUUCAGUUCAACUGAACUAUAUUUGCUUCUAGAUUGAGGCAGAUUCUUUUUGGCAAACACUAUUCCAAGAUAGAUUAAAGUUCUCUCUGCCCCACAGGAACUAAUAUAGGAGUCUAUGUUCUCUGAAAAGCUUUUUUUAUGUUGGCUACUCCAUCUUUAGAACCAUUAUUAUUCCAAGAGUUUGUGGAGCAAGACUGGAGAGUCAUAAAGUAAUCUGCCCUCUCUGGGCUGUGGUUGUAUAUACUUCUUCAUAAAUCAGACUGUAUUGGUACUUCUCUGAUUCUAGUAUUUUUUAAAAGAAGACCCAAGUUGCCCCCAGCCUGCUCUCACUUACAUAAAUGUAUCAGGGAUAUCUGUGCCCUUCCUAAGAUAAGAUAUAUGCCUUAAUGCUUCUUUCUCUUUUUAUGUGAUCCGAAACAGAAAUUGCUUGCCUCAUGUCUUAAUUCCAGAGUGCUAACUUUGUGCCUUUAUUAUUGCUUAAAUUCUAUGUCAUUUGUUCGAAUAACCAGCACUGCCUUUCUGUAAAUGUCCCUCUAUUGCCAAAGUCAUUACCAAGGGCUUUGAACCUUUUUUGCAAUAUAUUUCUCCAAAAACAAGUGCUUGCCAUGUAGCAUGGACUUCUCUGAUUUGUUGUCUCUUGAUUCUUUGUUACCAUGUGUGAAGGAGUUAUUAUAUCUUUUCUCCAUCUUUAAAAUAAAAAAGCUCCCAGCAGUUUGAGAUAAGUGCCUCCAUUAUGUAUCCAAUUAAUAAACUAAAAUAAAGGGAAAUUCUGCUGGUGGAAGGUCUCUACCAAUUUGUGGUGUUGACUUUUUAUGCAUUUUUUAUUCUAUUAGUUCUGAACAUAUCUUUACUUAAGAACUAUUGGACUUCGAAUGAAUAGAAAAAUGUAAGUUCAUGUUUCUGUUAACUAACAUGUCCAAAUAGCAAUAGUCUUGAGUAAUAACUGAUUUCUUGAGCCACUUGGUAUUAUUUCUGACUUGGAGGUUAGUAGUAUCCAAUCUACUAAAAGCAACUGAAUUUACAAAUUUCAAAAUUAAUGGUAUUAAUGCAGCUAACAUCUUUAUCCUACCUUUUUUAUGGAUGUUUACAAGUAUUCAUCAUCUCACAAUUAAAAGUAAAAGUGCUUUUUGUAGGAUCAAGUGGGACAAAUAGAACUGGUCCACCUUGCAUUGCAGAACUUGACCUGUCUCUGUAGCAGGAAGACCAUUUAAUAUUGAGAGGCAUUAGUUGCCUCUCUCAAAGGAGAUUGCCAUUUAGUUUUGCAGAUAUAGGAGACCUUUCAAUAUGUAGCAAUAAAUUAAUUCAAUUGCUCAUACAGAAGGAUACAUAAAAUAUCUUUAGGUUACCUAGCUUUAUGGUUAUAGUUUCAUAUAUUUUUUGCCUAUAAUAAUCAUGAAAAAUAAGCAGAUUUCAGACACAUAUUUUCUAAUUUUUAGUAACAUUCUAAUUAUGAUGUUAAAUUUAACCUUUACAAAUACAUAAAGUGAACAGAGUAACAGGGAAAGAAAGGUUUUCCAAUCCAAUCUUACAUCCCAAAUUAAUACAUUUUGCCCAAUAUGUCAUUGUUAUUUCUUCAUGCAUUUUUUACUAAAUUAUUUCAGCCCUUACACACUUUUUGUUGUAUUAUGUCUGUGUAUAUCAUUGUCUCAACCUGUUGAAUGUCACAUCCAAUGACAUGUUGUUAUGAAUGUUUUAGAUUUCAUUUUGAUGGCAAUUUACAUCUUUGCUUUUUAAAAUGUAGGUUUUUCUUAUGCCUAAAAUGUGUAAUACAUACAAGUCCUGGAAUAAAACACUGACUUCCACCCAUGACUAAUUAGUUUAAUAGAUAAUAGGUCUCCUUAAGGGUAAUCUUGGUUAAUCCAUAAAUUAGUUAUGAUUAAUAAUUUCUCCUUCCCCAAAUACUUCUAACAUUGUUGCAGGUAUUUCCAAAAUAUACAUAAAAUUGGACCUGUCAAUUACAUCUCUAACCAUUUGUGUUAUAAUUGGAAUGUUUACUUGAUUAUUUAAACUGAUGUAAAAAAAAAAUUAAAUGGUUGUUCCCAGUUAUUUGGACAAGAGA